CAUUCGACAUUUUGAUUCUUUAGGGGGAAUUUAGGAUGAGCCUUUAACAGGAAGCAGCAUCUGCUGGGUGCUCACUUCCCUCUGCUGUUGCCACUGAAACUGCUAGUAAUAACAAAUCCUUCAGGACAUCAAUAGAGUCCCUGUGUUGAAUAAUCACAGACUAUCAGGCAUGAGACUAGUAGCAGCAGCAGCUCCGUUGCCUGUGACAUCACUCCUGAAGCUCAAGCCCCACUCUAGGCUGCCUUCAUUAGUCAGUGUGUUGGUCUGCCUGCUUUUUCAGAUCUACUGACUGUCAUCCGCGGGAGCAGCUUCUUUGCAGAGGAAGGACUUUAGAAAUCGGAGAGCUGGUGGGAAAGACAAGAGGAAUCAAGAGAGGAAGAGUGCCGAGCAGCUCCAGAGAACGAAACAGCCACGCUUUGCAAAAUGAAAUUCAUCUUGACUGAAUAUUUGCUCUUCCUUUUGCCUGUUCUGGUUCUCAGUACCAGACAGGGCUAUGAAGAGCUGGAAAGACAACUUAAAGAAGUCUUUAAGGAAAGAAGCAACAUACUUCGCCAGCUGUCGAAGACAUCCAAAGAGCUUGAGGGAAUUAAAGUAAACCUUCAGUCUUUGAAAAAUGAUGAGGCAUCAGCGAAAAGCGAUGUACAGAAACUCUUGGAAUUAGGCCAAAAACAAAGGGAAGAAAUGAAAUCGCUCCAGGAGACCUUUCAAAAACAGCUUAAUGAGGCAACUGAGAAGGCAGAAAAGCAGCAGGCCACAAUUAAUUUUCUGAAGACCGAAAUGGAGAGAAAAAGCAAAAUGAUCAGAGAUCUCCAAAAUGAGAACAAAAGCCUGAAAAAUAAACUCCUGUCAGGAAAUAAGCUUUGUGGAAUUCACGCAGAAGAGUCAAAAAAGAUUCAAGCCCAACUGAAGGAGCUUCGCUAUGGGAAAAAGGAUUUGAUAUUUAAGGCACAGCAGCUUACAGACUUGGAACAAAAACUAGCAAUUGCAAAGGAAGAAUUGGAAAAAGCAGCUCUUGACAAAGAAUCACAGCUGAAAGCUCUGAAGGAGACUGUACAACUAUGCCUCUCAUCUGUUUUGCACAAUCAGUCUCCUACUGCCAAUAUUAUCCCUUCAAGAUCAACCGAGAGACAGACAUCGUCUUUUACAAAUGGUUCAAAAGCUCCAUUUCAAGUGACAAACACCAAGCAAAGAAUUCCUACAGGCAAAGAGAUUCCUCAAGUUUCUUCAAAAAGGGUGGAUACUGAUAAAAGCACAUCAGAAUGCAACUCAAAAGAUAUUGGCAACGCUUGUUUAGGAAGCCAGAGUAAUGUAACAGAUCCUAGCAUGCAGAAAUCACACAGUCCCCCAUGGAUUAAACCAGAAAAUAACAAAUCAACCGAGAGAAAAGGAAGCAAUGCUGAAGAGUCAGCUAAAAUCAAUGAAAAGUCUCUGUAAAUGCCAUCUUGCUAUCUUUAAAAUGUUAUUCAUUUGCUAUCGUCUUCAUCUUUUUAGUCCAGAGGCAUGAAAAUGUACCAGGUUUCUAGAGCAUGCAAUUUUUUCACUAUUUUAUGGAUGUUUGUAAAUUAGUCAAGAAAUUUCUGGAAUAGAUUGACUACUAGUAUCUUUCAGCAAUAAUCCAACUCAAAUGGAUGUUUGAAAAAAAAUGCUUUGUAAUACAGUCCAGUUUUUUGAAAUAUUAUUCUGCCCUGAUCUGUAACUUGCUUAUUAUAAAUCACUCUGUUUUGUAAAGAAAAGCUAUUAAGAAGUUUUAUUUUAUUAACCAA